AUGGAUUACAGCUCGUUUAGUGGAGUCCCCCGAUUCUUGACCCGGCCUAAGGCCUUUAUGGUGUCUGUGGGGAAGGAUGCCACCUUGAGUUGCCAGAUCAUUGGAAAUCCCAUCCCAGCUGUGAGCUGGGAAAAGGAUAAACUUCCAGUCCAGUCUGGAGGAAGGUUUAAAACCACAGAAGAUGGGGAUCUCUACCGGCUAACAAUCUAUGACCUGAGCCUAGAGGAUAGCGGCCAGUACAUCUGCCGGGCCAAGAACACCAUUGGGGAAGCUUUUGCAGCUGUCAGUAUCAAAGUUGGAGAGGAGACCACAGUAACAGAGUCAGCCCCAUACUUCAUCCAGAAACCCACCUCCAUCAAAGUAACUUUGGGAGAAGAUGCCAUGUUCAAGUGCAAAGUUCAGGGCAGCCCGCCGCUUUCCGUGAACUGGGAAAAAGAUGGGAGACACGUGCGGAGCCGGGCUGAUGCCAACCGCUUCCAGAUCGAGUCUGCUGGGGAGUCAAAUGCGCUCACCAUCCAGUGUACCCGGCUGGGGGACAGUGGCACAUACACGUGCCGAGCAGAGAAUCCCAUCGGCUCUGCCAGUGCUUCAGCUGCCCUGGUCGUGGAAAGGCAGGGCUCUCAUAACUCAGGCAGCAGCAGCAGCUAUUUCGAUACCAGCUGCGGCAAGACCGUCUCCUUGUUGUCUCACUUGCAAAAGAGGCGGGAGGAGAUCAGGAAGACCGAUAUUUCCCACAGCGCUCUUGAUUCCUUGUCCGCUCAGUCUUAUUCCAUGUCAGAAGGACUGUCCGGCAUUGGCUAUGGCCUCUCCCGGGAUUACGAGAGGGCAGCGGGCCUCACCGCCAAGGGGGCUCGCAACGCAAUGUUUGGGGCGCUGACGCGCGCGUGCAGCGUGACUGAGGGGAAACACGCCAAGCUGAGCUGCUACGUGACAGGGGAGCCCAAGCCGGAGAUUGUGUGGAAGAAGGACAACGAGGUCAUUUUGGAAGGGCGGCGGCACGUCAUCUAUGAGGAUGACCAGGAGAACUUUGUGCUGAAGAUCCUCUUUUGCAAGCAGGUGGAUAACGGGCUCUACACCUGCACAGCCUCCAACCUGGCAGGCCAGACCUACAGCUCUGUGCUGGUCACUGUCAAAGAACCCUCAAUACCCUUCAAGGAAAAACUGAAGGAUCUUGAAGUUCGGGAGAAGGAGUCUGCCACCUUCCAAUGUGAGGUGCCUGUUCCUAGUACAGAGACCGCUUGGUUCAAGGAGGAAACCAAACUCCGGCAGAGUAAGAAAUACAACAUCGAAGAGGAGGGCACGUAUCGCCGGCUCACUGUCCAGGAUGUCACCACAGACGAUGAUGCUGUCUAUAUCUGUGAGAUGAAAGAGGGGAGCAGGACAAUAGCAGAGCUGUCUGUCCAAGGGAACAUCAUUAAAAAACUUCCCCGAAAAACUGCAGUCCACGUAAAUGAUACAGCCGUCUUCUGUGUGGAGCUGGACAAUGAAUGCCAGAAAAUCCGCUGGCUGAAGAAUAAAGAAGAGGUGAAACCCAGUGAUCGCAUCACCAUCACGUGCUCUGGCAAGCAACACACCAUGAUCAUCCGAGAGUGUAAGAUGGAAGAUGCUGGUGAGAUUGCCUUCCUGGCUGACGAAAGCAGGACUUCUACCCAGUUCACUGUGACUACUCCCAAAAAACCUCCCACGCAACCCCCAGUUGACCCUGUGGUGAAAAAUAAAACAGAAACCUCAGUGACGCUAGCAUGGUCCCCUCCAAAGAUGGACCGCCCCCUUCCUAUCGAUGGCUACAUAGUGGAAUGCAAGAAGCUAACUGGCUAUACCUGGGUGAGGUGUCAUGAGUCUCCUGUGCCUGUCCCGGAGUUCACGGUGAGCAACCUGUCGGAAGAGGCUGACUAUCAGUUCCGGGUAUCCGCAGUCAACACGUAUGGACAGAGCCCGUAUCUGGAAUUCCCAGGAAGCAUGCACCUUGCACCAGUCCUGGCUGUGAAAAGCCCACUGACAACUGUUGAAGCUGUACCUGGAGGGGAUGCCACAUUUACUGUGGACCUUACAACGACGUGUUCCGGCACUUGGUACCUUAAUGGUAAAGUCUUACAGGAAAGUGAGACCUGUGUCAUUAAGAGAACCCAAACUACUCACACCCUGAUCAUAAAGAAUGUCACCAAGAACAAUGAUGGAGCAGAAGUGAAAUUUGUCGCCGGUAAUGUUGAUACCAGCACCAGCAUGAGAGUGAGAGGUGCUCCAGUGAGAUUUACCAACAAGAGUAGAGACAUGGAAAAGGUUUCUGCUCAACUGCAUGAGGAAGCCAAGCUUCAGGCUGACCUUUCCGAUGCAGAUGCUACUGUGAAGUGGAUGAAGGAUGGGAAAGAGCUCAAGGCCAGUGAAAAAUAUGAACAUCAAACUGUGGGGAAGCGGCACACCCUGAGAAUUCACAACAUUGCAACAGAGGAUGCUGGGGUUUAUGAGUGCAUCUGUGAAGGGGAUAAAAUGGUCUAUCAGCUUUCAGUGAAAGCACUUGCAACUUUCACAAAUAAAGAGAAAACCGGAGGAAUUAUCAGAGUCAUCACUGGAAAACAGGCUGAAUUUGUUUCUGAGACCUCUGAAGCCAAUGUCAUGGUUAAGUGGUACAAAGGUGGCAGAGAAGUCACAGCAAGCAAGAAAUUCACUUUGGAAGAUAAGGGCAAACUGCAUAAGCUUGUGGCUUCAGCUGUGACGAAAGAAGAUGAGGGAACAUACACCUGCAAAAUUGGAGAUGACACUCUUAGUUUUGAUUUAAAAGUCUCAGGUGAAGCCAUUACGUUUGUAGACAAGAGCCAAGCGACUCUGGAAACGACAGUCCGUGCUUAUAGGGGCCUUCGGCUGCUAUGGGAGGUGCCAGCAGCAAAUGAAGCUGUGGUAUGGAAGAAGAAUGAAACUGAAAUUAGGCAGAACCGGAAAUUAAUAUUCACCUCACUGGGAACACAACGUAAGCUCACGAUCAUGAAUGUGAAUCAGCAAGAAGGGAGCUGUAGCUGUGCAACACAGAAUGAAGAAGUAACAUUCAAACGACUAUUUGUCCUCGUUGCAGAGACAGAAGAUGUCUUUGCAAGCAAGUACAAGGGGCAGAAUGUGGUGCCAGCGGUCCUGAAAGAGAACGCCACGCUGAGCUGCGAGGUGGCCCAGGAGAACACCGAGGUGAAAUGGUACAAGGAUGGGAAGCUGAUCACCUCGAGCAAGAAGUUCAAGGUGGAGUCGGAGGGCAAAUUGCGGCGGCUGGUGUUGAGCCAGGUAGAAAAGGAAGAUGCUGGCGUGUACACCUGUGAGGCUGCCGGCCAGAAACUGAACUUCGAGAUUGUCGUUCCAGAUGAUGUAUUUGAAGAUCGAAUGGAGAAUGAGGUGAAGGCAGUCCUGAAAGAGAAUGCCUUGCUGAGCUGCGAUGUGAUCCAGGAGAAGACUGAGGUGAAAUGGUACAGGGAGGGGAAUCUGAUCACGUCGAGUGAGAAGUUCAAGGUGGAGUCGGAGGGCAAAUUGCGGCGGCUGGUGGUGCAUCAGGUGGAAAAGAAAGAUGCUGGGGAGUACACCUGUGAGGCUGCUGGCCAGAAAGUGGUCUUCAGGAUGGUCGUCACAGAGCCAGAAAUUGUGUUUACAAACCAGGACAGGCUGCAGAAGGAGGUGCAGGCAGCCCUGAAAGAGAACGCCACGCUGAGCUGCGAGGUGGCCCAGGAGAACACCAAGGUGAAAUGGUACAAGGAUGGGAAGCUGAUCACCUCGAGCAAGAAGUUCAAGGUGGAAUCAGAGGGCAAAUUGCGGCGGCUGGUGUUGAGCCGGGUGGAAAAGGAAGAUGCUGGCGAGUACACCUGUGAGGCUGCCGGCCAGAAACUGGCCUUCAAGGUUAACAUCACAGAGCCGAAACCGGUGUUUAUAAACCAGGAGAAGGUCCAGAAGGAGGUGCAUGCUGUCCUGACAGAAAAUGCCACCCUCAGCUGUGAGGUAGCAGAGGACACAACUGCAGUGAAGUGGUACAAGGAUGGAAAACUGCUCAUUUCCUCUAGAAAAUUCAAAAUAGAGACUCUGGGCAAAACUCGUUGCCUGCUUAUAGAGCAUCUGGAGAAGAAAGAUGCUGGAGAAUACACCUGUGAGGCUGCAGGCCAGAAGCUGACCUUCAAGAUUGAACCUACUGAACCAGAGGCCAAAUUUGAAAAGAAGGCUGUCCAGAAAGAGCCCUUCAUUGUUCAGGAACAUGAAAACAUCACGCUGACUACUUCAGUAACGCCUGAAACUGCUUCAGUCAAGUGGCUGAAGGAUGGAAAGGAAAUCAAGGCGAGCGAGAAGUAUGAGAUCAAGAGUGAGGGGGCUUCCCGGACCCUGACGGUGAACCUGGCUGACAGCACAGACACUGCUGUGUACACCUGCUGCACAAAGAGUGACAAGCAGGAAUUCCAAGUGGAAGUGAAAGAAGUCCCACUGAAGUUUUCCAAGAAACUGGAAGCUACUGACGCCGAAAUUGGAGGCAAUGUCUCUCUGACCUGUGAUGUGAGCCAUAGCAAAGGGAAGGUGGUAUGGUACAAGAAUGGAGUUGAGAUCAAGCCUGGCAAGCAUUUCCAGAUGAAUGAGGAAGGGGUAAAACGAACCCUGACAAUAACAGGGAUCCGGGCAGAGGAUGAGGGAGAAUAUUCCUGUGAGUCCAGGGAUGACAAGAGCAGCAUUAUGAUCACACCCAAAGCGCCCAGAGUGGUGAAAUUCGUUACGAGUCUCAACAACGUGGUCUCUGAAGAAGGAAAAGAGGCUGUGUUCAAGUGUACCGUCUCUCCCAGUGAUGCUGCGGUUACAUGGCACAGGAAUGGUGUCAAGAUUGAAGCCAGCAAGAAGUAUGUGAUCUCGCAGAAGGACACCAACCACAGCCUCACAAUCACUAAUCUGAUGAUGGAAGACGCAGCUGAAAUCUCUGCCAAUGCUGAGGGUGUAGAAAGCAGGGCCAACCUCAGGGUCCGAGAGGCUCCAGUCUCAUUCAAGAAGAAACUGGAGCCCAGAACAGUUGAAGAGAGGGAUACAGUGACCCUGGAGGUAGAGCUGACCAAGCCUGCAGAGGUGAAGUGGAUGAGAAACAAAAUUGUGUUGAAGCCCAGUGAAAAAAUAGAGAUCAAAGCUGAGGGAACGAAACAUAUCCUUGUGGUUAAGGACAUCUCCUUUGCAGAAAGGGGCUUCUACAGCUGUGAGAGUCCUAAUGACAAGACCCAAGCCAAGAUCAAUGUGGAAAUGAGGAAGAUCAAACUGGUGAAAGGUCUUCAGCCUGUCAAAGUCUGUGAGAAAGGGACCGUCACCUUUGAGGUCGAGGUGUCGCACGAGGAUGUGGAAGGAAUCUGGCAGAAGGAUGGUGUUCGGCUGAAGCCUUCCCCAAAUAUCCGUAUUGAUGUCGUGGGGAAGAAACAUUCACUGACUCUCUCCUCUGUGAAACUUGAAGACGCAGGGCUCAUCUCCUUCAAGGCAGAUGGCAUUCAUUCGUCAGGGAGGCUUGAUGUGACAGAAUUGCCUGUGAGAAUCAGCAAGCCUUUGUCAGACACGAGUGUAACUCAGAAGGACAAGGUCACAUUUGAGUGUGAGCUGUCCAGGCCCAAUGUGGAUGUCAAGUGGUUCAAGGAUGGGAAGCAGCUUCAGCAAAGUAAAAACAUGGGGAUUAUUUCCCAGGGAACUAAGAGAAGCCUUAUUAUUCACAAGUGUGAAUAUGAAGACCAAGGAACAUAUGUAUGUGAAGCAGCUGACGACAAGACAUCAGCUGUCCUAAAGGUUCACGCCCGAGAUAUCAAGAUUAUUAAACCACUGGAAGACGUGGAAGUGAAUGAGUAUGAGAGUGCCUCUUUCGUCUGUGAGAUUUCACAUGAUGAGGUCCAAACCCAGUGGUACAAAGAUGACAACAAGCUGAAGGCUGCUGACAAUAUUAAAAUGCGUCAAGAUGGAAAGACCUAUUCGCUGACUUACACGCGUGUCCAAGUCGAGGACGCCGCAGAGAUCAAAUUUGUAGCAGAAAAGGCAGAGUCUCGUGCCCAGCUUACAGUAAAAGAGCUGCCUGUAAAAAUUGUGAAGCCUUUGCGAGAUAAGAUUGCUCUUGAAAAGCACCGUGGAUUCCUAGAGUGCCAAGUGUCUCGUGCAAGUGCCGAAGUUAGAUGGUAUAAGAAGGAUGUUGAAAUUCACCCUGGUGACAAAUACGAAAUUGUCAGUGAUGGUGUCUAUCGGAAACUCAUCAUCAAUGAUGCAGAUUUUGAAGAUGAGGACACGUACACUUGUGAUGCCUUCGAUGACAAAAGCAGUGCUCAUUUCUUUGUUGAAGAGCAAUCCAUUAGUAUUGUGAAGGAGUUGUGUGAUGAGGAUGUGACUGAGCCUGAAGAAGCCAGAUUUGAAUGUGAGAUAUCCAUUCCAUCUGUGAAACCCCCAAAGUGGUCUCUACGUGGAGAGGUCUUGCAGGCUAGCAGAAACAUUAUCAUGCAGCAAGAAGGCACCAUCCACCGGCUGGUACUGCUGAAAACCUGUACUGAUAUGACAGGCACCGUUCAGUUCUCAAUUGGCAAAUCAAAAUCCACAGCAAACCUGCUCGUCAGAGAUUGGAAUAUAGAGAUCACCAGGAAGAUGGAAAAUAAGAUAGUUCUGGAACGCCAUUCAGUCAUCCUCUCGUGUGACUUCAAGCCUUCUCCAAAGGUUGUGAAAUGGUUCAGGGGCCACACGGCCAUUGAGCCCUCUGAGAAGUACAAAAUCAAGCGGGAGAAGCAUUCAGCAGAGCUCAAGAUCCUGAAGGUGAAGCCUGAAGAUGCUGGUGUGUACGUGUGCAGGGCAGGAAACGCGGAGACCGAAGCCACGCUGACAGUUGAAGCCCGCAAUGUCGAAAUAAUCAAACACCUGCAGGAUGUGGAAGUUGAAGAAGAGAGUUCUGCUGUCUUCUCAUGCGAACUGUCCCACGAUGAUGAGGAUGUGGAAUGGUUCCUGAAUGGCACUCUCCUUUAUACCAACAAUUUCAAUGACAUCAAGAGCGUUGGCAAUUGCUACACGCUGACGAUGAAGCAAGUCAAGCCUGAGGAUGCUGGCACAGUGACGAUGAAGUCAGACAAGGUGUCCGAGAGUGUGUGUCUGAAGGUGAUAGAGAAGCCUGCUGUCUUCAUGAAGUCAUUGGACGAUGUUUUUGGUGAGGAGCGAGGUGUGAUUAAACUGGAAUGUGAAGUCUCCAAAGAGAAGGUGAAACCCGUUUGGAAAAAGGAUGGUGUGGAGCUCACUUCUGGCAGCAAAUAUGAGCAGACACAGUCUGGGAAGACCCUGUGCCUCCUUAUCCGUGACCUCGAAAAGAUGGAUGCAGGUUUAUACACGUGUGAUAUUGGCACUGAUGUUGCUAAGUCAAAGGUUGGCGUUCAGGAAUUAAACAUUGGCAUAACCAAACGACUGAAGAAUACGGAAAUCCAGGAGGGAGAAGACUGCACUUUUGAGUGUAUUUUGUCCCAUGAAAGCAUUGAUGACUUCUGUUGGACACUGAAUGGGAACAAAGUAGAAAGCAGUGGGCAAUUUGAAGUAUUUAACAUGGGUCGGAAAUAUACACUCAAAAUCAAAAGUGUGACUGUUGCUGAUGCUGGAGAAGUCAUUUUCACUGCCCGUGGUCUAACCUCCAAGGCUUCUCUGGCUGUGAAAGAAAAACCUACAGAGAUUACAAAACAACUGGAGGAUAAAGCAUCAGCAGCAGGGCAGGACAUCUGCCUGAGCUGCGAAUUGUCAAAACCUGGUGCAAGCAUUCGGUGGUACAAGGAUGGCAAAGCAAUCCGAAAAAGCCAGAAAUAUGACUUGCAGCAAGAGGGAACACAAGCCAUUCUGAUCAUCCAUGACUCCACAGUCAAGGACAGCGGGGAGUACACCUGUGAGACAGAGGUCUCAAAAACGAAAGCCAAGAUCACAGUGCAAGAAAAACCCAAUUACUUUGUCAAGGAACUUUCAGAUGUGCAAGUCAAUGAAAAUGGAGUUGCAGUUUUUGUGUGCCAGAGUGAGAAAGCUGCGUCCUCUGUGGUCUGGAGGAAAGGCAUAGCAGAACUCAGGGCAAGCAAGAAAUACGAAAUCACACAGAAAGGCAAACUCCUGCAGCUGACCAUACAUAACUUAGAGAAAAAUGACAAUGACACUUACACCUGCGACAUUGGGGAUGCCCAGUCCAGAGCGAGGCUAGUUGUGCAAGGCCAGAAACUGCUAAUAACCGAAGACCUGGAAGAUGUCAGUGUGUUAGAAGGAGAAUCUGCCAUGUUCAAAUGCAGAAUCUCUCCUGUAGACUACAGUAAAGUGCAGUGGUUUUUGGAUAAAACCCCACUCGAUACCAAUGACCUUAAUGAGAUCCAGUCUCAGCCUGGUGGAUAUCAUUUGCUAACCUUGAAACAACUCUCCCUGAAGGACUCAGGGGUCAUUACAUUUGAAGCUGGUGAUACGAAAACAUCUGCCAAUUUGGUUGUUAAAGAGCUACCCGUUCUUUUCAAGCAAGAGCUGCAAAAUGAAGAAGCUAAAGAAGGAAAACAAGUCAAGCUGACCUGUGAGCUCAGCAAACCUGAUAUGCCAGUGAAAUGGAUGAAAGGAGACACUGUUCUCUAUGCCAGCGAGAAGUAUGAGCUUAAGCAGCAUGGUACUGUGGCAGAACUCAUUAUUCGAGAUGUUAAGUCAGUAGACGCUGGGGCCUAUACCUGCAGCGCUGGGGAACUGAAGACCACUGCCCUGGUGAAAGUAAAUGCUGUGCCUGUCCUUUUCAAACAAACCCUUGAGAACAUGGAAAUGGAAGAGGGGAAAACUGUCUCUUUGCGCUGUGAACUCACAAAAGCUGAUGCACCUGUGGUGUGGAAGAAAGGAGGAGACACGCUCCAGGCAAGUGCCAAAUAUGAAAUGAAGCAGAAGGGGACAGUGACGGAGCUGGUGAUUCAUAAUGCAGAGGCAGAAGAUGCGGGAAGAUACACCUGUGACACUGGAGACCAGCAGACCACAGCCCAAGUCAAAAUCCAUGCCAUGUGUGCACUCAUCAAAGAAGAUCUUAAGAGCCUGGAAGCUUUGGAAGGGGGGACAGUCACCUUACGCUGCAAGCUGAGCAAAGAGGCCCCCGUGGAGUGGAGGAAGGGGCACACUGUUCUCAGACCAAGUAAGAAGUACAGGAUGAAACGAGAGGGCACUGUGGCUGAACUGCUGAUCCAUGAUCUGGACUCAAAGGAUGCUGGAGACUAUACAUGUAUAGUGGGAAACGAAAAAACCACAGCAGCCUUAUCAGUGAAUGCCCUGCCAGUUCGUUUCAAAAAAGAACUGAAGAACGAGGAAGCCACAGAGAGCGGAACAGCCACUCUGCAGUGCGAACUGAGCAAGGCGGUUGACUCGGUCGAGUGGAGAAAGGACGAAAAGGUGCUGAUGCCAGAUGGCAAAUACAAAAUGAGACGGGAAGGCCGUUUUGCUGAGCUGGUAAUCCAGGAUCUAGAAUUGACGGAUGCUGGGAGUUACACUUGUGUGUGUGAAGACCAGAAGACAACUGCUACUUUGCAAGUGAACGCCUUGCCUAUCCUCUUCCAAGAAGAGCUGGUGAACAAGGAAGCUACCGAGGGAGAGGCAGUCGCUUUGCAGUGUAAACUCAGCAAGUCAGCCCCGGCCGAAUGGAGAAAGGGGCAUCAGGUUCUCAAGCCAAGUGAGAAAUACAAAAUAAAACAGGAAGGCCCCGUAGCUGAGCUGAUGAUCCAGGAUUUGGUUUUGACAGACGCUGGCGAUUACAGCUGUGUGUGUGGAGAUCAACGGACGACAGCUGCGUUGAUAGUAAAUGUCCUACCUACUCUUUUCAUGAAAGAGCUGAUGGAUGAAGAAGCUACAGAAGGUAAAAAUGUCUCUCUGCACUGUGAGCUGAACAAGGCUGCUGCUACUGUGGAGUGGAAAAAGGGAUUCAAGACCCUCAAGUCAAGUGACAAGUAUAAAAUGAAGCGAGAAGGUGUCAUUGCUGAGCUCAUAAUCCAAAACGUAGAAACAGCGGAUGCUGGAAAUUAUUCCUGCGUGUGCGGAGACCAGCAGACUAUGGCAGUUUUAACAGUACAUGCUUUGCCUGCAUUUUUCAAAGAAGGAUUGAAGAACAGAGAAGCCACAGAUGGUGCAACAGCCACUCUGCGCUGUGAGCUAAGCAAAGUCGGUGUCCCAGUGGAGUGGAAAAAAGGGGACAAGCCUCUCAAACCAAGUGAUAAGUAUAGGAUGAGGCAGGAGGAUACUUCUGCAGAACUACUGAUACGAGAUCUGGAGGUAGAAGAUACAGGAGAAUAUACUUGUGUGUGUGGAGAUCAGAAGACUUCGGCUGUAUUGACAGUCCAUGCUUUACCUGCAUUAUUCAAAAAAGAACUCCUUAAUGUGGAAGCCACGGAAGAUGAAACAGCUACUCUACGCUGUGAGCUAACUAAAUCCGCUCCAGUGGAGUGGAGGAAAGGGCAAGAAGUGCUCAAGCCUAGUGACAAGUACAAAAUGAGAUUGAAGGAUUCCAUUGCGGAGUUGACAGUCCAUGGCUUGGAGGAGCAGGAUGCAGGAGAUUACACAUGUGUGUGCGGAGACAAGACAACUACUGCAUCAUUGACAGUGCAUGCCCUUCCUCCACAUUUUAAGAAAGAACUGAAGAACAUGGAAGCCACAGAAAGUGGCAUGGCCACUUUAUGCUGUGAAUUGAACAAGCCUGCAGCUUCCGUGGAAUGGAGAAAGGGUGACAGAGUCCUGAAGCCAAAUGAGAAGUUCACCAUAAAACUUGAGGGCUCAAUUGCUGAGCUGAUGAUUCGUGAUUUAGAUCUGACAGAUGCUGGAGAUUACACAUGCUGCUAUGGAGAUCAGGAAACCACAGCUGCACUAAAAGUGAAUGCAUUGCCUGUACACUUCAAGGAAGAAAUGAAGAAUGAGGAAGCCACAGAAGGUGAAACAGCCACACUACAAUGUGAGCUGUCUAGGGCUGCCUCUGUGGAGUGGAAAAAGAAACACAAAGUGCUCAAAUCAAGUGAAAAAUACACUAUGAGACAGGAAGGUACCACUACACAACUACUGAUCCAUGCUUUAGAAGUCAAGGAUGCUGGGGAGUAUACCUGUGUGUGUGGAGACAAGAAGACUACUGCAGCACUUACAGUUCAUGCCCUUCCUGCUCUCUUCAAAGAAGAAUUAAGAAAUGAAGAAGCUACUGAGGGUGGAGUAGUCACUCUGCGCUGUGAGUUGACCAAAACUGCUUCAGUGGAGUGGAAAAAGGGACAUACAUUACUCCAACCUAGUGAGAAAUACAAAAUGAGGCAGAAGGAUGCCACUGCAGAACUGGUGAUCCAUAAUCUAAAUGAGGAUGAUGCUGGGGAUUAUACUUGCGUGUGUGGGGACAAGCAGUCCACAGCUUCCUUAGCAGUCUACGCUCUGCCUGCAUGCAUCAAGGAAAGCCUGAAGGACGAGGAAGUCACAGAAGGUCAAACAGCCACUCUGCACUGUGAGCUGAGCAAAGUUGCUCAAGUAGAGUGGAGAAAGGGGAGCAGUUUGCUUAAAGUCAGCGACAAAUACAAAAUGAGACAAGAGGGCGCGGUCACAAAGCUGCUUAUCCAUGACGUAGAAUUGAAGGAUGCUGGAGAGUACACUUGUGUGUGUGGAGAACGGGAGACAACAGCUGCCUUGAUAGUGCAUGCCCUGCCUGCAAUUUUCAAAGAAGAACUGAAGAACCUGGAGGCUGCAGAAUGCCAGACAGCAACUCUGCGCUGUGAGCUGAGCAAGGCUGCAUCUGUGUCAUGGAAGAAAGGGAACAAAAUACUCAGAGCAAGUGAAAAAUACGUCAUGCGGCAGGAGGAUGUCGUUGCUGAGCUGGAAAUUCGUGAGCUAGAUCUGCAGGAUGCAGGGGACUACACUUGUGUGUGUGGGAACCAAAGCACCACUGCUUCUCUGACAGUGAAUGCCCUGCCAGUGCUUUUCAAGGAAGAAUUGAAAAAUGAAGAAGUUACAGAAGGAGCAUCGGUUUCUCUAUGUUGUGAACUAAGCAAAGCAGCUCCCGUGCAGUGGAAAAUAGGGUCCAAAGUGCUCAAAGCAAGUGACAAAUAUCAAAUGAGACAACCUGGCACUACUGCAGAGCUGGUCAUUCGUGACCUAGAAGUCAAAGAUGCGGGAGAUUACACCUGUGUUUGUGGUGACCGGGAGACAACAGCAACCUUAAUAGUCCAUGCCCUGCCACCGCUUUUUAAGGAAGAGCUAGUGAACAAGGAAGCAAAAGAAGGUGAAGAUAUCGUUCUGUGCUGUGAGCUUACCAAAGCUGCUCCUGUGGAGUGGAAGAAGGACCAGAGGAUCCUCAAAGCAAGUGAGAAAUACAAAAUGAGGCAGGAAGGGACGAAGACAGAGCUGAUGAUUCGUGAAAUAGCUGAGAAGGAUGCAGGAGACUACACCUGUGUGUGUGGAGAGCACCAGUCUACAGCUGUCUUAACAGUGCAGGCCCUGCCAGCACUUUUUAAGGAAGAGCUUCAAGAUGCCGAUACAGAAGAAGGUGGUACAGUAACACUGAAGUGUGAGCUCACCAAACCCAAUGCUCUAGUGGAGUGGAGGAAAGGAGAUACUACUCUCUACCCUGGUUUGAAAUACGAGAUGAAGCAGCAGGGCUCCAGUGCUGAGCUGGUCAUUCAUGACUUAGAACUGAAAGAUUCAGGAAAGUACACCUGCGACUCUGGACAUCAGCAGACAACGGCUGCAGUCACUGUACAUGCCCUGCCUGUCAUAUUUAAACAACCCCUUCAAAAUAAGGAAACUGAGGAAGGAAGUACAGCUACAUUCUGUUGUGAGCUGUCAAAACCCAAUGCUGCGGUGGAAUGGAAGAAAGGAGGAGUGGAGCUGCAGCCCAGCCAGAAAUAUGAAAUGAGGCAGAGGGAGUGCUUGGUAGAGCUCCUAAUACAUAAUCUCAAAUUAGAAGACACAGGAGAAUACAGCUGUGAUACUGGGGAUCAGGAAACAAAGGCAUCUUUAAAUGUGAAAGCCUUGCCAGUUCUUUUCAAAAAGGAGCUCAAGGACAAAGAUGUGGAAGAAGGAGCUGCAGUAAAAUUCCAGUGUGAGCUGACAAAGGAUCAGGCAACUGUGGAGUGGAGGAAAGGCACCAUGAAGCUCUUCCCAUGCGCCAAAUAUGCCAUUAAAUUAAAUGGUCGCAUAGCGGAACUUGUGAUCCACAAUGUAGAACCGGAAGAUGCCUCUGAUUAUACAUGUGAUACAGGAGACCAGCAGAGCACAGCAGUCCUCAGAGUGAAUGCCAUCAAACCUCAGCUGAAGCAACCUCUGAAGAGCGAGGAGGUGGAAGUGGGAGGAAUGGCCAGGCUGCGCUGUGAGAUUACCGUAGGCAAAGCAGCGGUGGAGUGGAGCAAAGAUGGAGUCGUGCUUCACCCGAGUUCCAAGUAUGAAAUGUGGCAGGACGGCACCCUCCGCGAACUGCGUAUUCACCACUUGGAGCCUAGCGACGUCGGGGAGUAUUCCUGCAAGGCUGGGGACGAGACAACCUCUGCAAAACUGACCGUGAAAGAGCCUGACGUGACCAUUGUGAGUGGCCUAAAGGACAUGGUGGUGUUUGAGGGGGAUGACGUCACUUUUCAGUGCCAGGUUUCUCAUGAGCACGCAAGGGACGUUGAAUGGAAGCUACAGGAUGUUGCUCUGCAAAACAAUGAAAUGAAUGAAAUCUCUGUGGAGAAAGGGAAGAUUCACACCCUGAUGUUAAGGAAGGUGACUGAGCAGGACAUUGGGGCUGUCACUUUCCGAGUGGGACCGCACACAUCUACAGCACAGCUCACAGUAAAAGUGCCACCUCCAGUCUUUAAGGAGAAAUUGCAGAACACAGAACUGCAGGAAGAAGAAACGGCCAUCCUCCGCUGUGAGGUCUCCCAGCCUAACGUCGCGGUGGAAUGGAAGAAGGGCUCCGAAGUGAUUUCCCCAGGCUCCAAGUAUGAAAUUAGGCAAGAGGGAACAAUCCAUACUUUAAGAAUUUAUCAUUUAAAACCGGAAGACUCGGGCAAAUACACCUGUGAUAAUGGAAACCAGCAAACGACAGCCACUUUAACUGUUAAAGCCAUUCCAGCACUCUUUGUAAAAAAGCUCCAAGACCAGGAAGCCAAGGAAGGCUCCACGGUGACCCUUCACGCUGAGCUCUCAAAACACGAUGCACCAGUGAGAUGGAAAAAAGGGUCGGUCUUGCUCCAAGCCAGCAACAAAUAUGAGAUGAAGCAGACGGGCUCUAUUGUAGAGCUACUCAUCCAUGACCUACAGCUGAAGGAUGCUGGGGAGUACGUCUGUGAUUCUGGCGAUGAGCAAACUAUGGCAUCCUUGGUAGUGAAAGCUUUGCCGGUGAUCUUUACACAACCACUCCAGAACCAGCAAGCAGAAGAAGGAGGUACCAUCACUUUGAGCUGUGAAAUCUCAAAACCAAAUGCCACCGUGCAGUGGAAGAAGGCUGGGACAGUGCUGUGGCCAAGUGACAAAUACAAAAUGCGCCAGGAUGGUUCCGUGGCUGAGCUGACAAUUUGCAACUUGAGCAAAGCUGAUGCUGGAGAGUAUCUGUGCGACACAGGGGACCAGCAGAGCACUGCGGCUGUGCUUGUGAAAGAACCAGCAGCAACCAUAGUGGAGACACUGAAGGACGUCACUUCAUAUGAAGGAGAAGAUGCAGUCUUUGAAUGCACGCUGUCCCAGGAGACAGCUCAAGACGCCCAGUGGUUCCUGGGGGAUGUUCCACUGCAGUCCAAUGAAAUGAAUGACAUCAGAGUUCAAGGGAAGUGUCACACUUUGAUCCUGAGGAAGGUGACACUAGAAGACUGCGGGCCCAUCAGUUUCAAAGUCGGGCAGCAUACCUCAGGGGCACAGCUAACAGUCAAAGCUGCUCCCAUCACAUUUGUAAAGGAGCUCUGCAGCUUGGAUCUGCAGGAGGGUGGCACAGCUCACUUGUCCUGUGAGGUGUCCAAGCCUGACGUCCCGGUGGAAUGGAAGAAAGGCACGUCUGCAAUCCAGUCCAGCAAGAAGUGCAGCAUCAAGCAGGAGGGCAGUGUGCACACACUGGUCAUUUAUGAUUUGAACUGCAAGGACUCGGGGGAGUAUAGCUGCCAUACAGCUGAUGGGAAGACCUCUGCCAGACUAGAGGUUAAAGCUGUGCCUGUGCUUUUCCAACACUGGCUGAAGAAUGAAGAAGUGGAGGAAGGCCGCACAGCCGUGCUGCACUGUGAGCUGACAAAGCCUAAUGCUCCUGUGGAGUGGAGGAAAGGAGAUAAGGUGUUGCAGCCAAGUGACAAGUAUGAGAUCAGGCAAGAGGGGACACGUGUUGAGCUCUUUAUCUAUGAUGCUGAUGCUCAGGAUGCUGGCGAGUACACGUGUGACUCAGGGGAUCAGCAGACCUCUGCAUCGUUGCAAGUCAAAGUGCUACCAGUGCUGUUUAAGGAGGAGCUGAAAAACGUGGAAUCCGAAGAAGGGGGAACAGCUGUCCUGCACUGCGAGAUCUCCAAGCCGGACGCGCCUGUUGAGUGGAGAAAAGGAGGGACGGUCAUUCAGCCCAGUGACAAAUACGAGAUGAAGCUGAAAGGCAGCGUUGCUGAGCUGAUCAUUCAUGGUGUGGAGCCUGACGACUGUGGGGAUUACACUUGUAGCACUGGCUAUGAGAUCACCGCAGGUUCUGUGUACGUACAAGAAGAAGAAGCAAUCGUAGUUUCUGAUUUAAAGAACACAGACGUCUUUGUGGGUGAGUCAGCCACGUUUACCUGCGAGCUCUCACGCCCGGGCGUGAAGAAUGUACAGUGGUGGCUUGAUGGAUCUCCCCUUCACAACAACUUUGUGACAGAAAUCUCUGAGCAGGACGGGACAGUCCACACUUUAACCCUAAAGGAUGUGGCGUGCCAUGAUUCAGGCACUGUCACCUUCAGAGCUGGGUCCCUUAUAUCUUCAGCUAAAUUAUUAGUCAAAGAUCCAACCAUUGAAGUGGUCAGUCCCAUGCAGGAUAUAACUGUUGAUGAAGAUGGCACAGCAGAGUUCAUAUGCCAAUACUCUAGGCCAGUGCACGCCAUAUGGAAGAAAAAUGAUCAGGAAGUACAUGCAGAUGGGCAGCGAGUGAUUAUCGUGCAGGACUGGAAUGUAAGCAUGCUAAAAAUUAAACCUACGGUACCAGAAGACACUGGCAUCUAUUCUUGUGAAGCUGAAGGCACCAAAGUGGUGGCUGCACUUGAUGUUCAAGCCAAGAACAGCAUCGUCCAGGGCCUGGAGAACGUGGAAGCAGUGGAAGGAGGUGAAGCCCUCUUCGAAUGCUACCUUUCCAAACCUGAGUGCUACAAUUACAACUGGCUGAUUGAUGAUGAGCCUGCCAAAACUACAGAAAACACGGAGAUGGUUUACUUUGAAAAUGGGCGCAGGCAUCUUCUUUUGCUGAAGAACCUAACUGCCCAGGACAGCUGCCGGGUGACUUUCAUGUGCAGCGACGCAGUGACCUCCGCCUUCCUGACUGUGAAAGGGUGGCGCUUACGGAUCUUGCAGCCUCUCAAAGAUGUGGAAGUCUCUCCAGGGGACAAAGCUACAUUCAGCUGUGUUCUGAGUGAAGCAGUGCCAAUUAAUGAAGUUACCUGGUAUACCAAUGACGUAGAAAUCCAAACAAAUGAGGACUGGGAGGUACAAGCAGAUGGAAAUAAAUAUGAACUUAUUCUGAAAAAAGCCCAACCAUGUCAUUCUGGAGAGGUGACCUUUGCUUCCAGAGAAGCAAUUGCAUCAGCCAAGUUGUCUGUGAUCGAGCCUCCAAUUACAGUCACUCAUCCUUUGGUGGGAGGAUCAGUCUCGGAAGGGGAGGUGGCUCGCUUGGAGUGCAAAUUAUCAAGUGAAAUCCAAGAGACAGCGACAUGGCUCAAAGGAGAAGAACAAAUACAAGCUGGAGGGAGAUACGAAAUCCUCUCUGAUGGAAAAAAGCAGAUACUCAUUAUUCAUGCCUUUAAACCUGAAGAUCAGGACACAUACACCUGCAUGGUUUCUCCAGAAGUCAAAUCUGUUGCCAGCCUGUGUCUUGAAGUUCCUACGGUAGCAAUGCUAAGAGAGAUUGCCAGGGAAGCACCCCCCGCAAGCCAACCAGAAGAGCUGUUGGAUGGACAUGUCCAGCCCAGCUUGCCCCCUGAGGCUGCUCAGGAGGGAGACCUUCACCUGCUGUGGGAAGCUCUGGCCAAGAAACGCCGGAUGAGCAGGGAGCCCACCUUGGAUUCCAUCAGCGAGGUGCCUGAAGAGGAUGAGAAACUUCAGAAACUGAAGAAGGAAGAAGCAGAGAUGUCUCACUACUACUCAGAGGAAUACUCCACAUGUGACGAGCUCGCUAGGACUGGAGAAGCAGAUUUCUCUUUCACAAGUUCAGAUGAUGAAUCUAGAGCUGGGACUCCUUCACUAGUCAACUAUCUCAAGAAAGCUGGGAAGACAAGUGUCAGUGUUACUAGCAAGGCUGAAUCAAUCUCCACAGGCAAAUUAUGGAAACAGUGGGAGAAAUCCAGUGUGGAGACUACUGUGGCAGUCCCAGCUGCUAAGCCAGCUGAACCAGAAAUAACAGAUUUAGAUGAUCCUUCCAUGAACAAGGCAGCUGUAAAGAUCCAGGCUGCUUUCAAAGGCUACAAAGUCAGGAAGGAGAUCAAGCAACACGAGUGCCCGGUGUUUGUUGAGACCUUCAAAGAUUUCUCUGGUGAGCCUGGAAGCACUCUCCACCUGGAGUGUGUGGCCCACAGCAAAACUGACAUGAAAAUCCGUUGGCUGAAAGACGGGGAAGAGCUUUCAGAUGGUCGCUACUAUCACAUAGACAGUUACAGUGACGGGACCUGCUCUUUGAUAAUCACUGGCCUGGAUAUGAAAGAUGCGGGUAAAUACACCUGUGAGGCAUCUAAUAAAUUUGGCAAAGUUUCGCACAGUGCUAAGGUGAUGAUUGACAGUCAGGAACCUCAACUUAUUUGUAAAGAGAAGCCAGUUAAACAUGCCACUGACAGUGAGACUGAGAGCUCGUCUGGCAGUGAGCUGGAUGAUGCUUUCCGUAAAGCAGGAAGGAGACUUCACAGACUCUUCAAGGCCAAGAUCUCAACGGAUAUAUCUGAUGUGGAGGAAGAGCUCUUUGUCAGUGCAGAUGAAGGGGACAUAGAGGUGGUAGACCAUCAGACGUAUCGUGAGGAUGACCAGUACAUCUACAUCAAAUUUGAAGUCUUGUCUGAGGCGAAAACUGCAGCCACUCGAUUCAGAGAGAUGUUUGGUGCCCUGGGAAUCCCUGUGGAAAUUGACAUUUUGGAACAAGGCCCUAAAAAAGUGGAAUUGCGUAUUGGGAAAGCAACACCACCCGCCCUGGAGAAGUUUCCACCACCACUAGCAAGACCUCCCCCACCUUUACUGACUUCUGAUACAGCCCCCAUGUUCAUGACUGAGCUUCAAAACCAGGAGGUGCAAGAUGGAUAUCCAGUCAGCUUUGACUGUAUUGUCAUUGGCAAACCUCUCCCCACGGUUCGCUGGUUCAAGGAUGGGAAAGCUAUUGAAGAAAAUGACCAUUACAUGAUCAACGAGGACCAGGAAGGGUGCCAUCAGCUGAUCAUCACAGCUGUGGUCCCUGCUGACAUGGGUGUUUACCGUUGCCUUGCUGAGAACAACAUGGGUGUUGCUUCAACCAAAGCUGAGCUUCGAGUGGACUUGACCAGUACUGACUAUGAGACAGCAGCAGAUGCAACAGAGACAUCCUCCUACUACAGUGCCAAAGAGUAUAUUUCAAGCCGCGAGCAGGAGGAGUCUACUGCUGAAGAAGAGCAAUUGCCUCAGAUCCUUGAUGAGCUUCAUGAUAUUCAUGUGGCCCCUGGAGCAUCUUUGGCUAAAUUUCACCUGAAAGUGAAAGGGUACCCAGAGCCUCGCCUGUAUUGGUUCAAAGAUGGACAGCCAUUAAAUGCCUCGGACCAUAUCCUGAAGAUUGAUAAAAGAGAAUUCCACUCACUGGAAAUUCUUAAUGUCACCAAGGCUGAUGCUGGCCAAUACUCAAUAUUUGUCAUUAACUCUGCUGGUUCUGCAUAUUCAUCAGCCAGGCUGGUAGUCAAAGGACCUGAUGAGAAAGAAGAAUCACCAGAAACAGAUGCCCAUGAGCAGCUGAUACCACCAAGGUUCCUGGAAAGAUUUACUAAUAAAAAGGUUAAGAAAGGUGCAAGCAUCACAUUUUCUGUAAAAGUUGAAGGAUAUCCACUACCAACUGUCACUUGGUUGAAAGAAGAGUCUCAGGAAGACAUCCUUUGGAUCAAACCAGACACUCCGGGGUAUAAACUCGCCAGUUCCAAUAUGCAUCACAGUCUAAUCCUGUUGGAUGUUAAAAAGAAGUACAGUGGACCUUAUACGUGCAUUGCUACCAACAAGGCUGGCCAGUCUAUCUGCACUGCUACCCUAGAAGUUGCAGAUGUGAAAGAGGCUGAAGUUCUGACCCAGGAGCGCGUGAUGGUAUCAGAAGCUAUAAUGACCACACUGGGAGCUGUCCAUCCCUCUGAAGCAAGAGUAGGAGACCUUGAUGGUGGAGCUGGUAAAGAAGGUGUACCCAAAAGCCCUGUUUCCUUAGCUGAUGUUGGGACAGAAGAGUUCUUCCAGAAACUCACCUCCCAUAUCUCAGAAAUGGUAUCUGCAAAAAUAAGUCAAGCCACACUUCGAGUACCAGGUGCAGAUAGCGACGAUGAAUCAAAAACUCCCUCUGCAUCUCCUCGCCAUGGUCGAUCCAGGCCUUCAUCCAUCGCUCAGGAGUCCUCCUCUGAAUCUGAAGAUGGGGAUUCCCGAGGAGAGAUCUUUGACAUCUACAUGGUCACUGCUGACUUUGUGCCUGCUGCGCCUGACAAGGAGGCCAUCACUUUGAAAGAAGGGCAAUAUGUGGAAGUCCUUGAUUCAGCUCAUCCACUGAAGUGGCUAGUCAGGACUAAACCCACAAAAUCUAGCCCCUCCCGACAGGGCUGGGUGUCCCCAGCUUAUCUGGACAAGAAAUUAAAGUUGUCACCAGAGUGGGGAUCAACAGAAGCUCCCGAAUUCCCUGGAGAAUGCGUUUCUGAAGACGAAUAUAAAAGGAAGCUGACUGUUGUUAUUCAGGAACUGCUGAUCUCAGAAGAGGAUUACAUUCAAGAUUUACAGUUCUUCCAGACUCAUCACCUCAAGUACACGGAGACCUGUCCCAACAUCCCAGGAGCUGUUUCCAGUCAGAAAUCCACCAUCUUCAGAAACAUCAGUGACAUUGCUCGUUUCCAUUCCAGCGUCUACCUCCGAGACUUGCAGAAAUGUGACACUGAUGAUGAUGUGGCUAUGUGCUUUAUUAAGCAUGAGGCAGAGUUUGAUAAGUACAUCCAGUACCUGGUGGGGCGAAUACAGGCGGAGUCAGUUGUUGUCAGCAAAGCUGUGCAGGAUUUCUACAAGAGAUACACAGAUGAAAUUUUAGCUACCAAAGAUCCAUCGCAGCCACUUAUCCCACCACUGCAGCACUAUCUGGAAAAACCCAUAAACAGGAUCCAGCAGUAUCAGACUAUUAUCAAGGAAUUAAUCCGAAACAAAGCAAGAAAUAGCCAAAACUGUGCCUUGCUGGAGCAGGCUUAUGCCAUUGUAUCUGCACUCACCCAAAGAGCAGAAAACAACCUCCAUGUCUCGCUCAUAGAGAAUUAUCCAGGGACCUUGGAAAGCCUUGGUGAACCCAUCCGACAGGGCAACUUCAUCGUAUGGGAAGGAGCUCCAGGAGCCAGAAUGGCAUGGAAGGGACACAAAAGACACGUCUUCCUCUUCAAGAAUUAUAUAGUGAUCUGCAAACCAAAGCGGGACACAAAAACAGACGUGUACAGUUACAUCUUCAAGAACAUGAUGAAGCUGAGCAACACAGACGUGAAUGACUUUGUGGAAGGAGACGACCGGGCGUUUGAAAUCUGGCACGAACGAGAAGACUCAGUCCGCAAGUACCUCUUUCAGGCGCGUACAGUGAAUAUCAAGAACUCCUGGGUGAAGGAAAUCUGCGGCAUACAGGAGCGGAUCAGUCAGCCUGUCUGGAUACCUCCGGACUUUGAGGAAGAGCUGGCAGACUGUACGGCUGAGCUGGGAGAGACAGUCAAGCUGGCUUGCAAAGUUACAGGAGCUCCCAGGCCAUCUGUCUGCUGGUAUAAAGAUGGGAAGCCAGUGGAGGUGGAUCCCCAUCACAUUAUAAUAGAAGAUCCUGAUGGUUCCUGCACACUGAUCUUGGACAACCUGGCAGGCAGCGACUCAGGACAGUACAUGUGCUUUGCUUCCAGUCCUGCUGGAAGUACCAGUACUUUAGGAAAGAUCCUUGUUCAAGUGCCACCACGGUUUGUGAACAAGGUUAGAAAUGCUUAUUACAUUGACGGCGAAGAUGCUCAGUUUACCUGUACUAUUGAAGGAGCACCCAGGCCUCAGAUCAGAUGGUACAAAGAUGGCACACUGCUGAUGGACACCAGUAAAUACCAGACUUUCAGUGAACCACGGAGUGGCAUAUUAGUCCUGGUGAUCAAGAACCCUGCCAGGGAAGAUAUGGGAUACUAUGAAUGCGAACUGGUGAACAGAUUAGGGUCAGCAAAAAGUGGAGCAGACCUUUACCACCACAGUGCAGCAGCUCUGACUCAGGAGAGAAGAGGAGACCAAGCCAUUACCAUAGAAGUCACUGAACAAGAGACUAAAGUGCCCAAGAAAACCAUCAUCAUAGAGGAAACAAUAACCACAGUGGUGAAGAGCCCAAGACAAAAGGGAAGGGUUUCUCCUGCACGUCCUUCGUCAGGUUAUUCGCCUUCCCGCUCCCCGAGAGCGGAGCCAACUCCAGAACCAGUUUACGUUUCAAAGAUCAGGCAGCCAGUCCACAGACAUGAGCAGGAGGCAAUGCCAAAGUCUGCUGUUCCCAUGCUUUUUGUAACCGAACCAGAGGACAGGCAAGGAGCAGCAGCUAGAGAUAUCAUCAUAGAGACCACAGUGGAAGAGCAAAAGCCCAAAUGGGUUGAAGUUGAAGAAAUAAUUGAAUUCAAGAUGAAAAAAUCACCAAAACCUAUGAGGAAAAGAGGAUCUUCCCCAGCAAAACAAGAAGAAGAUGACUCAGGGGUGUUAACAUUCACUUUUCCCAGCUCUAGGCCUAGGCGUUCCCCAGAAGAUGAUCCAAACACAAACAACUCCAACAAUAAAUUGGUGGAACAGUCAAAAUCUUCUCUGCCCAAAGACAGUCUCUCUGAUGUUGAUAUCCAGCCCCUGGCAUAUGCAACUGAUCAGGAAGGACCUCCAGUCAGCAGUGAAGACAGAAGCUCUCCGUGUGGAUCUGAGCAGCUAGGAAGCAAUUCGUUUAUUGACUGUGGAACUGAUGGAAAGAGCUGCACAGAGGAAACAGGUGCUAGCUGUGUUUCAGAAGUCACUUCCCCAUUGCUUGCCUGUGGGGGCGAGCCUUUGGUCUUCAGUUUUGAGACAGGUGCUGCAGGCAAGCCUGAACCUCUGUUCUCACCAGCGAGUGCAGAGGUUAAAGAAGAGGCAGACGAAUCAGACACGUCUUGGCCUGCUGAAGAAGAGGUACCAGAAGUAACCCAAGAUACUCUUCCGGAAGAGGAUAAUGUCAUUAUAGUUGAUGAACCAGGGGAACUACAGACAGAUGACAUUAGCACCCGGGACCGCAAAAUCCUAACCCACAAUGGAAAAGUACUAACUUUGGAGGAUCUUGAAGAUUAUGUUCCUGAAGAAGGUGAGACCUAUGGGUGUGAUGAUCAGAGCCAUACGGCAGACAAACCCUGUGAGAUCUCUGUGCUCCAGACAGAGAUUAAUGAGCCAACAAUUGGGAAGCCGGUGCUGCUGAAUCUGGGGAGACAUGUUGUUUCCAAGCCAAGGCAGAGAUUUUUCAGCAAGUUUGAGGAGCACGUUCCGGGAGGCGUGUUUGUGUCAGCCUCCAGAGUAACUGGCGUGCAGUCUGUAGGCCCCUCCAACAUCUCCUUCCACGUCACUGAUACCUGCAUAGCAACGACGCCUGGAGUGCAUUCAGCAACAGCAUCAGCAUCUCCUGGUCCCUCCUUCACAGUGAAGCCAUCAUUCUGCACUGAAGUCCAGCUCUCAGCAGACAGUGGGCAGUCAAGCUUUAAAACUGAAGUUUCCACAAGAACCCUCAGCUAUGGGACAGUUGGCGAGCCUGUUACGUUGCACAUCAGCACAGAGGACCUCUCCCAAAGCUGAGCAGAUACAAGCAUAAUUUUCAAAACAAAAGAAAGCAUCAUUAAAAAAAAAGAAAAUGUUCUAGGUGAAGGGAAUUGGUGGUGAGGAUUGCAAGGAAACGUGUGAGGGAAUGCCUCUGAGAAAAUGUAUUUAACUAUGACAUGUAGAGCUUUUCCAGUCUUAAAGGGAACAUGUGUGUCAGAUCAGUUUGUAAUUUUAAAAGCUUUAAUCAAGGUGAACAUAUAUCAUUCCAUAGUGAAACAGUGAUGGUAGGUUUAGGAAAAGCCUGAUUCUCCUGCCUGUGACGAAAAUAUAAAUGACAUUUUUGUCCAGGAACUUAAAAAUGAUUUAAAGUGCUAAUUUGUAAAUUAUGGUGUAGCAAGAAGAUGAAAGUAUCUAAGCUUUUCAACUUCCUUCAGCAGCCAGGAUGGGAGGAGUGUUUUCAUCUAAAGCAAUCUCCCGUCACUGUGUAUGCCAGAAGGUCGUGAAGCUUUACACUGCUUUGACUCUACUGUACACUUUUGACACCAAUUAGCUCUACCAAAAAUUCCUUCAUAAACCUUUCAACAUGCAUAGUCUGAACUUCUGCUGCAGAAUGAAACAUACAGAAAAUACUGCAUUUACUAGGAAUGUAAAGGGCUGCUCAAACCUUUUGGUUGAAAUCCUGACUUGACUGAAGU